GUUUUGCUUAUUAGUGUUAGAUGUUAAUUCAUUUGCUUCAACUUAGAACUCUGAAGUAUAGUAUGCUGUGACUGGUUAAUCUCUAUCUUCCUUCAAAUAUUUUAGCCUAAGAAUAUGAAGAAAUUUUGGGUUUCUUUCUACUACUUGUUUCCUGCAAUCAUUCUUGUUCUAUUUACUCCUACUUCAAUUGCACAGCUAACACCAAGUGAGAAUAGAAUUAUUUUCCAAGUUCAAAAACUUCUUCAAUAUCCUCAAGUUCUUCAAGGAUGGACAAACUGGACCAACUUCUGCUUCCUCCCUCCAUCACCUUCCCUUAAGAUAGUGUGUUCAAAUGGUCAUGUGACAGAAUUAACUAUUGUUGGAAACAAGAGCUCCCCAUCUUCACACAGCCCCAUAACAGCUUCUUUGAAUUCCAUUCAAACUCUUUCAGCAAGCUUCUCCAUUGAUUCUUUAUUUACUGUCAUGACAAAGCUUUCAAAUUUAAAGGUGUUGUCAUUGGUGUCCUUGGGCUUGUGGGGUCCUUUACCAGCCAAGAUCAACCGGUUCUGGUCUAUGGAAGUGCUAAACAUUAGCUCAAAUUUCAUUCAUGGAGAAAUCCCAUCAUCAAUAUCAUCAAUGAAGAAUCUGAGGAGUCUGGUGUUGGCUGAUAAUCUCUUCAAUGGAAGUGUCCCAGAUCUCACAAGGCUAACUUCUCUUGAAGAGCUCAAUUUGGGUGGUAACAAACUUGGUCCUGAAUUCCCUUCUGUGGAAAACAAUCUUGUGAGUAUUAUCUUGAGAAAGAAUUCUCUGAGAUAUCAGAUUCCUCCCCAACUAAUGCACUUUGAUAAACUUCAGAUAUUUGACAUCUCUUCCAAUGAAAUGUUUGGAAAUAUCCCAACCUCUCUCUUCUCUCUUCCUUCCCUCCAGUACCUAAACUUGGCUACAAACCAUCUAAGAGGUAACCUCUCAGUGAAUAUAGCUUGUAGUUCUGCACUAACAUAUGUGGAUAUCUCAAGCAACCUUCUGCAAGGAAAAUUACCAUCCUGCCUUGGUUCAUUGUCUUCAAAGGCCAAGGUACUAUAUUCUGGGAAUUGUUUGUCAACAACCAGAAAGUUAAAUGAUCAACAACAUCCAUCUUCAUAUUGCAAGAAAGAAGCAGCCUUAGCUGUUAAGCCUCCUCAAGCUAAAAUGGCGAAGAAGGAAUCAGGUAUGGAACUAGGCCUAGUACUUGGUAUAAUUGGAGGGGUUGUUGGAAUUGCAGCACUUCUGGCUCUACUCAUUGCGUUCAUCUUGAGGAAGUCCAAAGCAGAAAGAUUAGAUCAUAAGAUUCACAGAUCUGUUGCUGAUAAAUUUUCUGCCCGUGCUUCUUCAAGACCAAAUAUUGAUGCAAGACGUGUUCCUCAGACAAUGAGGCUAGCUGCAGUUGGACUGCCACCAUACUGUAUUUUCACAUCAGAGGAAAUUGAAGAUGCAACAAACAACUUUGACCCAUCAAAUUUAAUAGGAGAAGGAUCACAGGGACAGCUAUAUAAAGGUUGGCUCAGAGAUGGUUCAGUGGUCCUAGUUAAUUGUAUAAAAAUAAAGCAAAAGGGUUUGCCCCGCAGCAUUAUGCAGCACCUAGAGGUAUUACCCAAUUUGAGACAUAGGCAUAUAGUGAGUGUUCUAGGACACUGUGUAAUUACUCACCAGGACCCUCCCCAAACAACAAGCACAGUCUUCGUUGUAUUUGAACACGUCUCAAAUGUUUCAUUAAGGGAUCAACUUACAGAUGGGAGAAAGAGGGAAAUGCUGAAAUGGCCACAGAGAAUGGCAAUCAGCAUAGGCAUUGCAAGAGGAAUCCAUUUCUUACACACAGGAGUUGCUCCUGCCAUAUUUGGCAACAAUUUGAAGAUUGAGAACAUUCUGUUGGAUGAUAGUCUCAAUGCAAAAGUCAGUAAAUACAGCAUUCCUUUGCCAUCCAAGAGUGCACUUAGUGAACAAAGUGCCCCCAAAAAUAUUGGCAGCACAAAUAAUGCAGAAAAGGAAGAUAUCUACCAGCUUGGUGUUAUUCUACUUGAAAUUAUCACUGGCAAACAAAUUACAUCCUCUAGUGAAGUAGAGGAGCUGAAGGAUGAGCUGGAGAAAGGUUCAUCAGAAGCAGCAUCAAUACUAAGAAGUGCUAUUGAUCCUUCCCUGAGAGGAACUUAUGCAUAUGAAUCAAUGAAGACUGCAGUUCAGAUUACAAUGAAUUGUCUAUACAAGGUUUCUAGUAAUCGGCCUUCAAUAGAGGAUGUUCUGUGGAAUUUACAGUACUCAAUGCAAGUUCAAGAGUCGUGGACCAGCAGUGGAAACCUCAGCACAAAAUUGUAAACCACCUGUCAAUAACAAAUGUUUGCUAGCAUUUCAUAAGUUCAUUUAUCAUAAUGAAUAAAUGAUAAUGUAAAUAUGUAAUCUCUUCUAUAAGGCCAAAAAACACAAUUUGGCCUGCAUUUUUCCAUAUUAUUGUUAUUAUUAU